UUGUGGAGUAAAAUGAAUUAUGUUCAGUCAUUUAAACAUUUUUAUCUGUGCUUCUUGGCUCCAUCACUAGUUCUUCCUAGAGUUUAAUUCAUCCAGAGGUAGAAGAAACAAAACAAAUGGUCCAAUUUGCUGGCCAAGGCCAGCAGGAUCACCAAGAUAAAAACAUGUUGGUCUUGAAACUGCAUCACUAGCCUUCUAUUGUGCUUUACUCAUCAAAAUUUUAAUUUCUUUUGUGAUGGAAAAAAUAAAAUAAAAUCCUUUUGUGCUGGAAUGUUUGUUUAAAUAGGAAAAGAGAGAGAGAGAGAGAGAGAAAAUAAUACAAUAUAAGAGAAACAUGAGAUCAUUCACAUAUGCCAGCCUUGAUGCAAUUUACCACAGAUAAUUCAGAUCAUCAUGGUUGUUUAAUUGCUAAUUAGCUUUGUAAAAACAUUGUAUUAGAAAAGUUGAUUUUAUGCAUUCUAAAAUAAAGAAAUAAAGGUAAUGUUAUAUCAAAAGUGUUUAUAAAAUGUAGGGAGGCUUUUUUUUAAUUAUUAUUCCUAAGCUCAUUUUUCAAGUUUCAUGACUUGUUAGUGUUUUUAAAAUAAAUUUGUUGAAAAACAUUAACAAACGGUUUAGGAUUGCUCUCAUUAACCACAAAGUGGAUUUGUUAGCCACAAAAAAAAAAAAAAAAAAAAAGUUAUAAAGGUGGAUCCAGAAAAUUCUCGCUUGCAAGCUCAAAGCCCUCUUUUUUAGGCCAUGUCUGAUCUGUCUUCUUCUAGACAAGUUGGACGCACCCCAAAGUUCCAAUAUCAAGGCCAUUCCCCGUUGUCCGUCCCAAAAAUAUCCAUUCCAAUCCCCUAAAAAGAAGCCGGUAUUAAGCGCCAGCUCGAAUCCCUAAAAAACGAAACCCUAACCCUAAUCAUAACCCUACAAAUUUGAACGCCUUCGGGAAUAGCAAUCCCUUCGUCUUCCCAAUGCACGGCUUCGAUCGGAGCUACCCUGACGGGCUCCGCCCCUACGACGGCGGCGCGGCGGACGCCGGCGGCCGGGGGCUGGAGAUCGUGAGCGGGAAGGCCUACAGCGCGGGCCAGACAAGCAUCUGCCGCCUGCCUCCGCCGCCGGGGGCACGGUGGCGGGCGGUCGGAGGCGGGGGCACCCUCACGUCGUCGACGACGUCGCUGUCGUCGGGGCCGGCGCCGUGGUGGGCCGCCGACGCGGAGGCGAAGCGGCGACGGAGGGUGGCGCGGUACAAGAUCUACGCGGUACAGGGCAAGGUCAAGGCCUCGAUCCGCAAGACCUUCCGGUGGGUCAAGGCUCUCGUCCGGGGCUGGUGAGGAGGCGGAGGCCUUUAUUACGAUCGAAAUGACCUCUCUAAGUCACCGGAGUUGAUGCCAGAGAUUGGGAUGGAUGGCGUGGGUGUAAUGUGGGGUGCUCUUUGCGGUCGUCUUGGAUUAUUUUACAGUGAUCGUCACAUUCUUUAAUUUAUUUGUUCGAUAAAUAUUUUAAAAUGUCCAUCUGCUUGGCGAUUUUAAUUCUUUUCCUUUUUUUUAUUAUUUUUUUAUGGUUUUGUUUUAAGCAGGUAUUUAAUUUGUAUAAUUCUUUGAGAAUUAUACAAGAGACCUAUCGAACAUAAAUUAUCCAUGUUCAAAUAAUCUUGAUAAUUGGUGGGAAAAAACGCAGACAAUUUAGAAAAUAAAGAUGCUAGGGCUUUUAUUGUUAUUUUAUGUUAUCAAUUCUUAGAUUAGUUGUUCCUCAGACCAUUAUUUAAGUUAUAGGUCAUAUUGAUUUACAUUGUAAGUCUAUGUAUAUGUAUAUAUUUAAUAAAAUCAUAUAAAGGUUAGUCUUGGGUGCAUGGUUGUACCUGAGAUUUUUCUUGUGCAGCUAGCUACUCUUUAUUUGUCAUUUUGUUGGAAGGAGGACAUUUAUGUAAAGUAAAUACCUGUUUUCCUAGGUCCUAAGAUACUAAUAAAUGAUGCUGAAAAUUGCAGCCGUUUACAGAACAUAAAUACCUUGAAUGCUCACACUUAGGAUGUAACUCUUUUGUUUUCCCCCUUCUAGUGCGCACAUAUGUGGAUGCACACAAGAUCAUCAAGCCAUAGAAUAUGAUUAAUAAGAUUGUGAGUAUUUUCUACCUGCUUAACCACAUGUCUCAAAGCAUAGGGUGAAUUAUAAAGGAUAAAACUAAAUGGCAUUAUAUUUGACCUAUGUAGGAUGCCAAACAUGUGUACAUGUUCAAGUGAAUGUGUAUAACAUGUUAUUGCUUUUUUCUUUGGUUCUGGUUUACAUAUGAAUAUAUUUAGUGGAUUGUAGGUUGAUAACUAUCUAUCGAAAACUCCUUCCAUUAGACAAACACAUCAAAUUCCUAUGUGAUGAAUGCCAAAUAAAUAACAUGAUCUGAAAACAAUAUCAGAACAGAACACCUAUUUAUGUUAAAUGUGAUAGAUAGCUCACACUUAGGAUCUAUCAAAAACUCCUUUUAUCUUACAAAAUCGUCUGUUUCAAAUGUGACGAAUAUCAUGAAUAAUAUGUUCGAGAGACUCAAACCAAAAUAUCGAAUUGCGUUAAAUGGAUUGAUAGGAUGAUAUAUCCAUCGAAUACUCCUUUCAUCUUCAAAUGUGAUGAAAGCCAAAUAAUUAACUUAAUUAAAAGAUAAUAUCAAAGUAGAAAUUUUAGCUCCAUUUCUUUCAUGGAUUGAUUGGAUGCUAGGUAUCGAACAAAUACUCCUUUUUAUCUCAUAAAGCCCUAUGAUCCAG